UAGAAGCCACAAUGGUACCUAAACCUCAGGUUGGUCAAGAGUCACAACCUAAACAUGGUAGAAGAAAUAGCAAAGGCAGUCUAAAUGGAAAAGCAAAUGCCAUGAGACGUGCCGCCAGUAUGUUUUCUGUGAACACUGCAGUUGAGGAGCAAAGCCAGGACUUAAAUCUUUUGUCCAAGAAGUCCCAGGGCCCCAAUCUGCAACAGGUUAAAAAGGCACCAGAAGCCAUCAUCACACACUCCAGAAAAAAACAGGAAGCUAGCUAUACCCUGCCAAAAACAUCCCCAGAAAUCUCUUGGAGAGACCGAGACAAAAACACUCAGAGAAGACCGUCACGUACCUCAGAGGAUUCUGACUCUCAACCUCUUGCUAGAUCCUUCAUUCCACGGGACUACCAGCAUUACCUUGGCAUCACAGAGGACAGAAGUAUGUACACUCCACCUCCAGUUAAAGAGCAGGUUGACGAUCUUAUAUGCACUUCAUUUACGUCAUCUCCAGAGACACACCGCAGCUGUAAAUGUUCCCCUGUGAAAACCAGUACUCCAGUACAGGGUUCCCCCGACCUACAAACCAGGAGAGGAAGCCUGGGAUGCGACUCAACCACACAAACUGAUGGAAAUGCCACUAAGGGCAAUUUAACCCGUGAAAUUGAAAGUCCCAUUCAGAAAGCUUUGAGACGGGCUUCAUCUAGACCAGUGUUCCAUAAAAGCAUGGAAGACAUCAGCACUCUUCCUAGACAAGACCAAAAACAAGCAAAUGACUACAUGCAGAGCAACUACGAUGACUCUAGCACACUUGUCCAAACGUCUUUUGCCACAUCAGACCCAGUGCACCUGAAGCAACUCAGUAAAUCAGUGCCUUCAUUCCUGCAAAAAGAAAGUGAUGGAGGAGAAAGUGACUCUGAGAGCAGUUCUCGUAGCGGUGUACCACAGUGGAAUAACAGACAAUUCACUGACUUCAGCAACUACUCUGGAUCCCCCUCCCUGUCAUCUGUUAGCGGCAGUGUUGUGAGUGUGUACAAUAGCGACUACAGCAGUGUUGAUGUCCAAGGAAGCAUCCAGUUUUCACUCAACUAUGUGCACAAGUUGCGGGAGUUCCACAUCUUUGUUGUUCAGUGCCAGAAUCUAGCAGCAGUGGACACCAAGAGGAAUCGAUCUGACCCGUAUGUCAAGAGUUACCUCAUUCCUGAUCCCGCCAAUUUGGGAAAAAGAAAAACUGCUGUGAAGAAGAAAACAUUGAAUCCUACAUACAAUGAGAUUCUUAGGUAUAGAGUUCGAAUGGAGUACCUGACAUCCCAGGUUCUCAACCUUUCAGCAUGGCACAAUGACACAUUUGGUCGUAACAGCUUCCUGGGUGAAAUAGAGCUUGACCUCUCCUCUUGGGAUUUUAAUGACACAGAGUGGAAACUUUUACCUCUCAAACCAAGGAAUCUGUUCUCUCAGACCACAAACAGCCUCCAGCCAUCUGACUUGAGAGGACAGAUGAGACUGGCCGUACGUUUCCUGCCUCAGAUUUCCCAAUCAAAAAACACUCCUGGCUCUGGUGAGGUGCAUAUCUGGGUAAAAGACUGCAAGAAUCUCCCUCUUAUCAGAAGUCCAGCUAUUGACCCAUAUGUAAAAUGCUUUGUACUCCCCGACACCAGCAAAAAGAGCCGUCAGAAGACUCGGGUGCUGAAGAGAACAGUCAACCCUGUAUUUAACCAUACUAUGGUUUAUGACGGCUUCAGGGCAGAGGACCUGAAAGAGGCUUGUGUGGAGCUUACUGUUUGGGACCGUGACCGACUAGCCAAUCACCUGCUCGGAGGCCUGAGACUCGGAAUGGGCACAGGCAAGAGUUACGGAGUACAGGUGGACUGGAUGGACUCAACAGCAGAGGAAGUCGCUUUAUGGAGGAGAAUGAUGGAAUCUCCCAAUGAAUGGGUGGAGAGCAUGUUACCGCUGAGGAUGGUAACAGCAGCCAAAAACACAUGGAAAUGAUCAAAUCACAUCUUUCAAAUAAUAUUUGUCCAUAUAUAAUAUCUUGCAUUUGUUAUGAUUUAUAGUAUAAUAGAUUAGGUUUUUGUCACAUUAGGACUUUUUGGCCCACAUUAGACCUGACAUCAACACGAGUUCCGUUUCCAGAUACAUUGAUAUUCUUUAGCUGGAUUUAUUUAUUGCCUUCAAUCCUGUGUUCAGUGGGAUUGAACAGAGAUCUGGUUGAAUAUAUUUAGCCAAUAACAUAUUACAUGAGAUCAUUUACCGAUUUCAAAAUGCUUUCCAUAAAAGUAAGUUAUAAGUAAUGUCUAAAGGUGAUUCUUUUCUAAUGUAAUCUGUUUUAAGAGGUUACAGAUUUAUAUAGCUAAUGAGAAUCCCUUGAAACAUCGUAUAUAUUUUGAAUUUAAAGACCUUAUAAACUAUAGAAUAUGUUCAAGACUUCAAAAUAGUUUUGAAGAAGGUUGUUAAAUCAUUGCUGAAGAACUUUAAGGAUACAAUUUGAGGUUAAAAAAACUAAGAUUCAAAGCCUUGACACGAUGAUUAAACCAGGACAGGAGGGAAACAGAAUGUGUGUAUACAAACUGUGUGGGGGAAUAGAUUUGAUGCCAAAAAUGUGCAAAGUGGGUGACUGCUUUAUUUGUCAAAUAUGCCUGUAUUAACAUCAGAGCUCACAGACACACUGUACUACAAGCAAAAUAAUGCAGGAUACUCCUGAU